AUGGUAAAGGAAUUUUAUUCAAUGAAAAACAAAUGUUCACCAGAGUCAUUACUCUUUAUAAUCUUUGGGUUGAGCACACAACAGAAAGAGUGUGCAAGAUCUAUUGGUUUUGGAAGUCUGUUAAGAAUGAAAAUGACCGAUAUACCACUGGAUCAAUGCCCUAAAGAUGAUAUUCUUCAAAAUUUUGAUUAUGAAAGAAUGGCCAUAUAUGUUGAAGGAAAUGAACUGAAAGUAAUAGCACAGUCUGUUCAUGACAUGUUGCGGAUUCCAACUGGUGGAACCAUACUUAUACAACUGGAUCAAUGA